AUGAGUCGGCAACUGAACGUCAGGUCGUCCAAUGACAAGGGUGACUUCAGUGUGCUUUCUGCAGUGGUGCCAAGGAAACCCAUGGGCAGUGUGGCUUCUUGCCACGCAGCUGGCCACAGGACUGGGGCUAGAGGCAGCAGCAGGAGCCUUUACAGUCUUGGAGGGAAUCGGCAUACUUCCUUCAAUGUGGCAGGUGGCAGUGCUCAGGGCUCAGGGCAUAGCUUUGUACAUGGGUAUGGAGGGGGUCGAGCCAGUGGCUUUGCCAACAGCAUGUUUGGCAGUGUGGCCCCGGGGUCCACUUGUCCAUUGGUGUGUCUGCCUGGGGGCAUUCACCAUGUCACAGUCAAUAAGAGCCUCCUGGCUCCUCUGAAUGUGGAGGUGGAUCCUGAGAUCCAGAAGGUGCGUGCACAGGAGCGGGAGCAGAUCAAGACUCUGAACGACAAGUUCGCCUCUUUCAUCGACAAGGUGCGCUUCCUGGAGCAGCAGAACCAGGUGCUGCAGACCAAGUGGGAGCUGCUCCAGAAGCUGGACCUGAGCAACUGCAGGAGGAGCCUGGAGCCUGUUUAUGAGGCCCACAUCAGCAGCCUUCGCAAACAGCUAGAGAUGCUGGCUGGCGAAAGGGUGCGGCUGGACUCAGACCUGAGGAACAUGAGGGAUGUGGCAGAGGACUACAAGAAAAGAUAUGAGGUUGAGAUUACCCAAAGUACAGUGGCUGAGAACGAGUUUGUGCUGCUUAAGAAGGAGGCAGAUGCAGCCUACAUGGUCAAGGUGGAACUUCAAGCCAAAGUGGACUCUCUGGAAAAAGACAUCAAAUUUCUCAAGUGUCUGUACGAUGUGGAGAUUGCCCAGCUCCAGACUCAUGUCAGUGAGACCUCUGUCAUCCUGUCCAUGGACAACAAUCGAGAUCUGGACCUCGAUGGUAUCAUUGCUGAAGUCCGUGCUCACUAUGAGGAGACUGCCCUAAAGAGCAAGGCCGAAGCUAAGGCGUUGUACCAGACCAAGAUCCAGGAGCUGCAGCUGGCAGUUGGCUGCCAUGGGGACAGCCUAAAUCAUACCAGGAAUGAGAUGUUGGAGCUGAACCGGCUUAUCCAGAGGAUCCGCUGUGACAUCGCGCACGAGAAGAAGCAGUGUUCCAAUCUGGAGAAGGCCAUCGCUGACGCUGAGCAGAGAGGGGACUGUGCCCUCAAGGAUGCCCAGGCCAAGCUGAAUGAGCUGGAGGGAGCCCUUCAGCAGGCCAAGGAGGAGCUGGCCCAGAUGAUCCGUGAAUACCAGGAGCUCAUGGGCCUGAAGCUGUCACUGGAUGUGGAGAUUGCCACCUACCGCAAGCUGCUGGAGGGCGAGGAGUGCAGGAUGUCUGGUGAGAACCCAUCCUCCGUGAGUGUCUCUGUCAUCAGCAGCAGUUAUGGCUCCUACGGCUAUCAUCCAAGCUCCAUGAUCUCUGACUCUGAGGCUGGCAAUGCAGUUGGCACCCCUCGAAACAGCCAGGCCAAGACCAGAGGAUCAAGAGCAGACCUCAGGGACACCCGGGACAAGAGAACUGUUGCUGGUUGUACCCUGGCCAGGAAUACCACUUGA